UUUUGCAGUUCGUUGACCCAAGAGCUACCAAACAAUUGCUUAUUUUUUUAGACUAUAAAUGUGGAACAUGAUGUGGUUGUAUUGACACGUCGCUGAAGUCAGCUGUGGUGAUAUGCAAACAUUAAACGGACCGGUGCUGAUGAGAGAGCUUACUGAAAGGAUGGAGGAAAUCCUCAACCUGACCGGGAACGGACCGAAUAACAAAACUCUGUCGGAUAAUAAAUUUAACAGUCUUGAGGAUAUAGAUUUGCCAGCAGACGGCACCCCAAUACUUAGGAUAAUAAUAUCUGUUGUGUAUUCCGUGGUGUGCGCGGUGGGACUCGUUGGAAACCUGUUGGUAUUUUUUCUUAUGAAGUUAAGGCAGAGUAGAAAGAAAUCAAGUAUUAACUUUUUUGUCCUUAACUUGGCUGUAACUGACUUUCUGUUCGUUCUCGCACUGCCAUUUUGGGCAGUGGACAUUGCUUUGGACUUUAGCUGGCCAUUUGGAGAUGCCAUGUGUAAAGUUAUUCUGUCAGUCACUGUUAUGAACAUGUAUGCUAGUGUGUUCUUCUUGACUGCAAUGAGCAUCACCCGUUACUGGUCUGUCGCCUCAGCACUGAGAAACCGCACUCGGCAUAGGAUGUUUUCUGUCAAAUGGGUUAGUGCGGUAUUAUGGAUCUUGGCCACUGUGGCCACGGCACCAACAACCAUUUUUGCCACGGUAAAAACGGUUGCUGGGGAAAAGCUGUGUUUACUCAAAUUCCCAAAUGGACAGCGCUGGCUUGCCCUAUACCAUCUUCAAAAAAUUUUCAUUGCUUUCGUGUUGCCGAUGCUUAUACUGUCAAUUUGUUACUUGAUGCUUUUAAGGUUCGUUCGUAGGAGAAGUAUGAACAAUAACCAUACUGCAAGACGUUCUAGAGUUACAAAGUCAGUGACAAUUGUGGUUCUGUCAUUUUUUCUUUGUUGGAUGCCCAACCAUGCAAUGACAUUUUGGGGAGUUUUGGUAAAACUGAAUGUUAUCCAUUGGGACAGAGCAUACUACAUUGUGCACACGUAUGUAUUCCCCGUAACUAUUUGCCUAGCCAAUGCAAAUAGUUGUUUGAACCCAGUUCUUUACUGUUUAAUGCGACGCGAGUUCAGAAAAAUGUUAAAGAAUUUGUUCUGGCGCAUAUCCUCACCAGUUAUGGCAUCGACUUGUAAAUUACGCGCAUUCACAUCGGCAACAAAACCAGAGAAGGAAGACUUUCAUCAAGGCAUUAUUCCGCUCAAUGUACUGGAAACCGAAAAUUGUAGACUUUCUGUCAUUGACCGAUCCUUUUCUCUAGCAUGCAACCAACCAUCCGAGGAACCAAGUGUUACUGACAGAAAAGUGGAACGACCUGGAUAUACUCAAGGAUUUCUUAAUUGAGUUUUAUUCUAAGCCACACCUUAUGAUUGUGGACCCGUUUCAGCAAAAGGAAUGACUGUGUACAAAGACCAAGAAUUGUGCUGUAAUGUUGUCUUUACAUGUGAAAUGUGCUGAAAGCAUCAUUCAUACAGCAACCUAUGGUACAUACAGUUGAUUAUUUUUGUAAUUUUACUGUGACAUUUUGCAUAUGGUAAAGUAUUAUUUAGAAUGAUUUAAGAGUCAUGACACUGAGAUUAUGAUGUAAUCAUGAUAUUGUCUCAUGUUGUGUGCUUGUGUAGACAAAGAAAGGUACAAACACAAUUUUAAAUAGAUUUUUUGACUGUUAUACAACAGAAAUGUAAAUAUGGUGUCUGAAUUAAAUAGGCAUUGAUUGCCUUCCUGGGUAAAUUGUAUAAAUAGUUUUAUGACAUCAUGCCCUGUAUCUGUUGGAGAUGUCCAGUGGCCACAUUAUACACAAAUUGUUUCCAUGACGCAUACAGUAUCUUGUACCCUACCCAUUAUCAUUGCAGUCCAGUUGUCGCAGUGAUUGGAAUGAUUGCAGUUCAAGUAGUAUAAUGUAUUCGUCAACUAUCAACUUUUAAUCUAUUGCUUAGUGAUGAAUUUGGUGAGAAUGAUGUGAUUGAAGAUGGACAUUUACAUUAUCAUAUGGUUCCCAGACUAUUGAUCAGUCACACUGAGAAUAA